AUGGCCCUAUGGAAAGAGGCGGAUCUUGAAAUCGCCGCUCGAGGCGAAGUCAUCCAAUACGAGAGUCCCCAGUAUGACUUGGAGAAUCUUUUCACCUACAAAGUUUGUGUUGAGCCUGCGUCGGGAUCAUCGUCCGCGUUCACUCCAGAACCAAACCAGAGCCUCGCCCCAGGCCAGCCGUCAUCGCAGGUCAACAAACAAGACACACAAGCGACGUCACCAGUUCCCAAGCUACAGAGCAGCUCACAAUACUCGCCUGGAAAGGUGUCCGUCUCUAGCAUUAGCCACCGUCUAGCGAACCGUCCACCGGACGAAGCACUUGUCAACAAGGCGGUGGUUGAUCUUCUACAGGGGAUCAGCAGGAAGCACCCACUUAUCAGGGAUAAGUACGACUGGUCAAUAAUUCAUCAGACGUUUUACGUAUUUCAGCAGCGGGAGGCAAAGGAGAAAAUCAUGACCAGCCGAACUGAUGGCUGUCUCCAAGUUGUGAAAGAGGGCGAGCUUCUAGAGGACUGCCGCACCCUUGCCAUCGUCGAAGCAUUGCAUAACUGA